AUGUCGUCAAAGUCAUUUGAUGAUUUUAUAAAACAGCAGCAACAAGCUCAAAAACCAAAAACUUAUGGUUAUAAAAAUGCAAAUACUAAUGGAGCUGGAUCUCAAUAUAAUUUUAAUAGCACGUUUGUUCCACAAGGUCAAACAAAUUAUCAACCACAACCUCAACAUUAUCAAUCACUGAGCCAGGGUUUCAAUCAAAAUAGACAUAAUAAUUAUAAUAGACAAUCACAAGCUCCAUCAUCAAUUGCAUCACCGGUAGAUUCUUUACCAACUAGUGGUAGAUCUACUCCAAAUCCAAAUGCAUCAACAACAUCAUUAACAUCAUUAAAUACAGCAUUGUCAAAAUUAAACGUUGAUGUUCCAUUUGAAGAAAACUUAUCAAAUAUAGAAAAAGCAACUAAAAUAAGUGAAGUCAAAUCUGAGGUUAAUACUAUUGUAAAUCAAAUAAAGGAACAAGAUAAUUUAUCAAUUAUAAAUCAAUGGAAAUUAAAUGAAAUUAUAAAAUCAUUAUUAAGACCUAAAAACCCACCAUUAGUUAAAGAAGGUGCAUUAUUAAUUAUUGAACAAUUAGCAACCCAAAUAGGAGGUCAAACACCAAAAGAAAUUUAUUUAUUACAAUUUUUUUCAACUGCAUACGAUAUGUUUAUUGAUAAAGAUAAAAAUGUAUUGAAAGCAGCUAAAUCAGCAACCGAUUCAUUAUAUGGUAUAUUCCCAACUGAAGCAUUAGGUUCAAUAGUUAUAGAUGAAUUCUUAACAUAUUUUAAAUCAGGAGCUAAAUGGAAUUCGAAAGUUGCUGCAUUAAACAAUUUCAACAAAAUUAUUGAAGAUGUACCAGCAGAUAUUCUUGAAUUAAAAUUCGUUGAUGUUGUUCCUGUUUUAACUGAUUUAUCAACCGAUUUCAAACCAGAAUUAGCAAAAGCCGGUUUGACUACAUUGAAAAAAUUUGUUAAAGUUUUGGAUAAUUUGGAUUUACAAAAUAAAUAUGAUUUAAUUGUUGAAACUUUAGCUGAUCCUCAAAAAGUUACUGAUUGUAUUAAAUCAUUAUCUUCAGUCACAUUUGUUGCUGAAGUCACUGAACCAGCAUUAUCUUUAUUAGUACCAAUAUUAGAUAAAUCAUUAAAAAUGUCAUCUUCAUCAAAUGAACAAUUAAGACAAACAGUUAUGGUCACUGAAAAUUUGACAAGAUUAGUCAACAACAAGAGAGAAAUUGAAUCAUUCAUUCCAAUUUUAAAACCAGGUGUUGAAAAAGUCUAUAAGAAUGCUUCAUUACCAGAAGUUAGAGAAUUAGCUGGUAAAGCUUACAAAGUUUUAAAAGAUGCUGAAGAAGAACAAACUGAUGGUAAAUUUCAUGGAAGAAUAAGUUUAAAAGAUGCUGAAAAUUUUUAUAAAGAUAAUAUUUCUGCAGAAAUUCCAAUCUCUUCAUAUUUAAAUGAUUGUAUUACUGCUGAUUAUUUAGCUCAGAUUUUACAAAUUGAUGCUCAUGUAAAUGAUUGGAAAAGAUUACAUGACUACUUGAAAAUGAUUUCAAAUGAUAAUGAAGAAUAUGCACAAACUGUAACAGCUAAUGUCAAACACUUGUUUGUUCCAGAAUCAGCCACAGAAGAAGAAGAUGAUGGUUCAAUUACAAUAGUUAAUGCUGAUUUCUCAUUAGCAUAUGGUACUCGUAUGUUAUUAAAUAAAACUAAUUUAAGAUUAUUAAAAGGUCAUAGGUAUGGUUUAUGUGGUAGAAAUGGUGCUGGUAAAUCAACUUUAAUGAGAGCUAUUUCAAAGGGACAAUUGGAAGGUUUUCCCUCGCCUGAUGAAUUGAGAACUUGUUUUGUCGAACAUAAAUUACAAGGUUCAGAAGCUGAUAUGGAUUUAGUUCAUUUUAUCGCUUCUGAUCCAGAAUUAGUUGAUGUUGGUAAAGAUGCUAUAAAAGCUGCAUUAAUGGAAGUUGGAUUCCCAGAAGAAACAUUAUCCAAAAACGUUGGAUCCUUAUCUGGUGGUUGGAAAAUGAAAUUAGAAUUAGCAAGAGCAAUGUUGUUAAAAGCUGAUGUCUUAUUGUUGGAUGAACCUACAAAUCAUUUAGAUGUUGGAAAUGUAAAAUGGUUACAAGAUUAUCUUGUUGAACAUACUGAAAUUACUUCAUUAAUUGUAUCUCAUGAUUCUGGAUUCUUGGAUGCUGUUUGUACUGAUAUUAUUCAUUAUGAAAAUAAAAAAUUAGCUUAUUAUAAAGGUAAUUUAUCAGAAUUCGUUAAAGUUAAACCAGAAGGUAAAUCAUAUUAUACAUUAACUGAUUCAAGUGUUAAAAUGGCUUUCCCACCACCAGGUAUAUUAACAGGUGUUAAAUCAAAUACAAGAUCAGUUGCUCGUAUGUCAAAUGUUACUUUUACAUAUCCAGGAGCUGCUAAACCAUCAUUAAAUAAUGUAUCAUGUUCAUUAUCAUUAUCAUCAAGAGUAGCUAUAGUCGGACCAAAUGGUGCUGGUAAAUCAACAUUAAUUAAAUUAUUAACUGCAGAAUUAAUUCCAGCAGAAGGUAAAGUUGAAAAACAUCCAAAUUUACGUAUUGGAUAUAUUGCACAACAUGCAUUGCAACAUGUUGAACAACAUAAAGAAAAAACAGCAAAUCAAUAUUUACAGUGGCGUUAUAAAUUUGGUGAUGAUCGUGAAGUUCUUUUGAAAGAAUCCAGAAAAAUUUCAGAUGAUGAAAAGGAAAUGAUGGAAAAAGAAAUUGAUAUUGGUGAUGGUAGAGGUAAAAGACAAGUUGAAGCUAUUGUUGGUAGACAAAAAUUAAAAAAAUCUUUCCAAUAUGAAGUUAAAUGGAAAUUUUGGUUACCAAAAUAUAAUUCUUGGGUACCUAGAGAAGUUUUGAGUAGUGAAGGGUUCGAUAAAUUAAUUCAAAAAUUUGAUGAUCAUGAAGCAUCAAGAGAAGGGUUAGGUUAUAGAGAAUUGACCCCAAAAGUUAUAAGAAAACAUUUUGAAGAUGUUGGAUUAGAUGGUGAUAUAGCAGAUCAUACUCCAAUGGGUUCAUUAUCUGGUGGUCAAUUAGUUAAAGUUGUUAUAGCUGGUGCAAUGUGGAAUAAUCCUCAUCUUUUGGUCUUGGAUGAACCUACAAAUUAUUUAGAUAGAGAUUCAUUAGGUGGAUUAGCUAUAGCUAUUAGAGAAUGGUCAGGUGGUGUUGUUAUGAUUUCACAUAAUAAUGAAUUCGUUGGUGCAUUAUGUCCAGAACAAUGGCAUGUUGAGAAUGGUGCAGUCAUUCAAAAGGGAUCAGUAGCAGUAGAUAACAAGAGAUUUGAAGAUGGUGGGGAUGAAUCAGUUGAAGGGUCACCAGCACCAGAAUCUGCUCCUACACCUAAAAAAAGAGCUGAUGAUGAUGAUUCUCCUGCUAAUAUUAAAGUUAGAACAAGAAAGAAAAAAAUGACUAGAAAUGAAAAGAAAUUACAAGAAGAAAGAAGAAGAUUAAGACAUAUAGAAUGGUUAAGUUCUCCAAAAGGAACUCCAAAACCUGUUGAUACAGACGAUGAAGAAUAA